ACUGCAUUCAGUUGCAAAUCGCUGUGUGCUCGGCACAGCCUGAGCUCCCCGUCCCCAGCCUUCCCGGAGCUCUGAAUGAAAGCCAGUCAGAGGGAGCGCUCCCCCUCAGCUUUGGUUCUCUGCUGUCCAGAGUUAAGUGAUACUGGGAGAAAAAGCCUGAGUUAGAUCCAAGUGGGAUCAGUCUUAGAAAAUAAGAGCAGAAUACAAACAAGAAGAGGACUCUAAUAGCUCAUUCUUCAGUUUUCCUUGAGGUGGACUCUACUUCACUUUCUCAGAAGCAAAAUAAAAGGAUCUGGUUACUAUGUGCAGUUCAGAGAUGAGUUGCUGUAAGGGGCUUGGCUACAUCAAGAACUAGAAACAUAGAAACAAAUCAGGAAAAACAAAACUGUAGACUCCAUUGCUGACCAGCUCAAACAGUAUCAGUAGUGGAUAAUUAUGACAAUACAGCAAGUUCUGUUACUUCUACUGCUCUGGAUGUGGCUGCUGCAUCCCUGCCGCACAGAAAUGCUGUUCAGAAGGACUCCUGAUCUCAGACCUAAAGGUUUCGUGGGACGUACAUCAGGGAGUGAUGGAAAAGCACUUCACCGUCAGAAGCGAGGCUGGAUGUGGAACCAGUUUUUCCUUUUAGAGGAGUACACAGGAUCUGAUUAUCAGUAUGUAGGCAAGCUUCAUUCUGACCAGGAUAAGGGAGACGGAUCCCUCAAAUACAUUUUGUCAGGAGAUGGGGCUGGUACUCUUUUUAUAAUUGAUGAGAAAACAGGUGACAUUCAUGCUACUCGGAGAAUUGACAGGGAAGAGAAAGCCUUUUACACUCUGCGUGCCCAAGCUAUUAACAGAAGAACUCUGAGACCAGUGGAACCUGAAUCUGAGUUUGUCAUCAAAAUCCAUGACAUCAAUGACAAUGAACCAACAUUUCCAGAAGAAAUUUAUACUGCUAGUGUUCCUGAAAUGUCUGUCGUGGGUACCUCUGUGGUGCAAGUCACAGCUACGGAUGCCGAUGACCCUUCAUAUGGUAACAGUGCCAGAAUCAUUUACAGCAUACUUCAAGGACAGCCGUAUUUCUCUGUGGAACCAGAAACAGGCAUCAUCCGGACUGCUUUGCCAAAUAUGAACAGAGAGAACAGGGAGCAGUACCAAGUGGUUAUCCAGGCAAAGGACAUGGGAGGCCAGAUGGGUGGAUUAUCAGGGACCACCACUGUGAACAUCACUUUGACUGAUGUCAAUGACAAUCCACCUCGAUUUCCCCAGAGUACCAUCCACCUCCGCAUUCCUGAGUCUUCUCCAGUUGGGACACCUAUUGGCAGCAUCAAAGCCACAGAUGCAGACACUGGAAAAAAUGCAGAAGUAGAAUACAGAAUCAUAGAUGGUGAUGGGACAGAUAUGUUUGACAUCGUGACACAGAGGGACACACAGGAAGGCAUCAUUACUGUGCGAAAGCCCUUGGACUAUGAGACAAGAAGGCUUUAUACCUUGAAAGUAGAAGCUGAGAAUACACAUGUGGAUCCACGCUUCUAUUACCUUGGGCCUUUCAAAGAUACAACUAUUGUGAAAAUCUCUGUAGAGGAUGUAGAUGAGCCUCCUGUCUUCAGCAGAUCUUCUUACCUUUUUGAGGUUCAUGAAGAUAUUGAGUUGGGGACAAUAAUAGGAACAGUAAUGGCACGAGAUCCUGAUUCAGCUUCAAGCCCUAUAAGGUUUUCUCUGGAUCGUCAUACAGAUCUUGACAGGAUAUUCAAUAUUCAUUCUGGAAAUGGAUCCAUCUAUACUUCUAAGCCACUGGACCGUGAGAUAUCACAAUGGCACAAUCUCAGUGUUAUAGCAGCUGAGAUCAACAACCUGAAAGAUACUACCCGUGUUCCUGUCUAUGUACGAAUUUUGGAUGUUAAUGACAAUGCCCCACAGUUUGCUGUAUUCUACGAUACUUUUGUUUGUGAAAAUGCAAGAGCCGGACAGCUUAUCCAGACCAUAAGUGCAGUAGACAAAGAUGACCCUCUUGGGGGACAAAAAUUUUUCUUCAGUUUAGCAGCUGUUAACCCUAAUUUCACUGUUCAGGACAAUGAAGAUAACACUGCCAGAAUUUUAACAAGAAGAAAUGGCUUUAGUCGACAUGAAAUAAGUACAUACCUCUUACCAGUGGUGAUAUCGGACAAUGACUAUCCAAUCCAGAGCAGCACUGGCACACUUACCAUCCGAGUUUGUGCCUGUGACAGCCGAGGAAACAUGCAGUCCUGCAAUGCAGAGGCCCUGCUUCUCCCUGCUGGCCUCAGCACAGGAGCACUGAUUGCCAUUCUCCUCUGCAUCAUCAUUCUGCUGGUUAUAGUGGUGCUGUUUGCUGCUCUGAAGAGGCAACGAAAGAAAGAGCCUUUGAUCCUGUCUAAAGAGGACAUCAGAGACAACAUUGUGAGUUAUAAUGAUGAAGGUGGUGGAGAGGAAGAUACCCAAGCCUUUGAUAUUGGCACACUGAGGAAUCCUGCAGCUAUCGAAGAUAAGAAGCUCCGACGAGACAUUAUCCCUGAAACGUUAUUUGUACCACGGAGGACUCCUUCAGCACCAGAUAACACAGAUGUCCGAGAUUUCAUUAACCAAAGGCUAAAAGAGCAUGAUAGUGAUCCUUCUGCACCACCGUAUGACUCACUUGCAACCUAUGCCUAUGAAGGAAAUGAUUCAAUAGCUGAAUCCUUGAGCUCCUUAGAGUCGGGUACUACUGAAGGAGACCAAAACUAUGAUUACCUCCGAGAAUGGGGCCCUCGGUUUAAUAAGCUUGCUGAAAUGUAUGGUGGAGGAGAAAGUGACAAAGACGCUUCUUAACCUACAGUAGGCUACAUUUUUUGUUCCUUUGAGCGGAAGUAAUUUUACAGACACCUUCUGCACUCAACAGUAUUUAACAUUCAGGAAAAUUUUCCUGUCAUUCAGCACAAUGAUUUACUUUAGAAUUUGUUUUCAAUUUGUCCAUUUAUGUCAUUCAUUCUUUCUAGUAGGAUGCCACUUGGAACACAUACAGUAUUUUGUUUAAUCACCUUCCAAGAGCCAAAGCUAUGGAAAUCCAGUGUUGUCCAUUUUAGUAAUUAAAAUUAAAAAUACCUUACUUUCAGAAAUAUGAACAGGGUGGUAAUCCCUUAAACAACCUCAUGUACAAGCCGCUUCUGUUAGGUACAUGUCCUACCCUUGCAAGUGCAGCUUUUAAGAAGGCAAAGAAGAAAAAACCCAGUAUGUUCUGUUCUGUACAUUAAAACUGAAACAAAAUGUACACGUGGUGUUAAUAAGUGUAAUAUGCAGCUGGUUUAAAAAAAAAAAAAUUGUGCAACGUCAUUUCAUCAAAUUCUAUCUGCCGAUGUUUUAUAUUUAUAUUUUUGUAUUUAUUUUUAAGAAAUAAACCAGUUUUUACAACUA